CCCCCCCCCCGCCUUCUCCCUCUCACCUUUAGACCAAUAGAAACUUGCUGCCGAAACGUUCUCCCGCCUUCUCCGAGAAGGCCUGGGCGGCACCCAGAGGAGUCCUGGAUGCCCCCUUUCCUAUGCCAGUCCUUCCAUGCUCCUCCCGCCUCCCCGAGCGCGAGAGGCGGUCCGGCGCAAGCGCAGUCGGCCCGAGCGGGAAGCUCGCCUGCUCUUUUAUCUUAGGGGUGUCCUAGACGGCUCUCGGUGGCCUCGGGCUUGAUUUAUCUUUUGUCCGGGAGGGUGGUGCCCUUAACAGCUGCCUUGUACCGAGCGAUAAAAGGGGCUCAACGAUCGUCCCCUUCCUUCACAGCUGUCUGGCAACGCCAUUCCGAAUUUCUUCCGUCCCUUUGCUUUCAAGGAAUCCUCCGUUCACCGGAUAUCCAUGGUAAAAAUGGCAAGAGAUGGAAAUGGCAUCACCAGUGACACACCCAAUACGUGGUUUGGACAGUGCCAGUACACAGCAGACGAGUAUCAGGCUGUUCAAGCUGCUUUGAGGCAGAGGCUGGGCCCAGAAUACAUCAGUAGCAGACAAGCCGGAGGAGGACAGAAGGUUUGCUACAUAGAGGGGCACAGAGUCAUCAGCCUGGCCAAUGAAAUGUUCGGAUAUAAUGGCUGGGCUCAUUCUGUCACUCAGCAGAACGUUGAUUUUGUUGAUCUAAAUAAUGGCAAAUUCUAUGUGGGUGUUUGUGCCUUUGUGAAAGUUCAGCUUAAGGAUGGGGCUUACCAUGAAGAUGUUGGCUAUGGAGUAAGUGAAGGCUUGAAAUCUAAGGCCUUGUCCCUUGAAAAAGCAAGGAAAGAGGCUGUCACAGAUGGAUUGAAGAGGGCACUCAAGUGCUUUGGUAAUGCUCUUGGGAACUGUAUUUUGGAUAAGGACUACUUGCGCUCAGUGAAUAAGCUCCCCCGUCAGAUGCCUCCAGAUUUAGAUUUGUGCAAAGUUAAAAGGCAGGACUUUGAUCUUACUAUAGAGAAGGCAAGAUAUAACAGCUGCUGGCAAAAAGGAAGUGAAGACCAGAAGUUCUUCUCCUUGUCAACCCCAAGCAAAUCUUGCAAGUUGGCUUCUCCCUUGAAUGCUAGUGAACAAAACCAAAACAGGAUCUCACUGCCCUUGGAUUACGACGCAACUCACCUUCGGAAGAUACGACAGAAGCAGCUUCAACAGAAGUUCAGAGAGCAGAUGCAGGAGAGACAGCAGAUCCAGUCAGAUGUUUCAGCUUGCAGAACUAAAGAUCAAGAGGUGUCCAUUCCCCCUGCCUCGAAAGGCAACUCUUCUGUACAACCGGAAUCUGCUGUGGAUGAAUUCCUUGCAGAUGAUCCAGAACUGUGGGACUUUCCUUUGGAAGCGACUGAUCAAAAUACAGCAGCAGCACCAGCCCAAUGCUUACGUUCACCUCUUGGACAGCAUACCAUGAUGACUCGCAGCCGAACCCCACAAAGAAUAAAUAAUCAGCAAUCAAAGAUAAAACCUUCAUCUUGGCACCUGUCCUCCAGUCCCAAAUCUUACUUACCAGCUGAACGUAGCCCUUACCGAAAAGGCCAAGGAAUGAAAAAGAGAAGAUUGGAGCCUGCAUAGAAAGCACUUAAAACUUCAGCAUGAGGGUUUUAAUUCAGAAUACAUUUUAGUCCAAUAAAGUUGCAGACCAAAGUAUCUUUUCUAGAUUUUAUUACAGAAAAAAGCGCAUUGCUUUGCAGUAUUUAAUGGCUUAAAAUGCCACUUCAACUGUAGUUAAAAGAAUUAAAUAUCACAAGCCCUAAUAUUUUAUUUUAUAUGUAAUUCUAUUUUAAAAUUUAAAAAGGCACAUUCUUAACUUUCUUCAUUCCAAUUUUAGUAGUAAUAUUUUCUAAAUGUGUUAUAAAUGGUCUAAGCUGGAUAUGAAUUUGAUGUUCAGGAAAAACAUUUUUAAUUUAAAUUAUAAUUGUCCUUUCUUUUGAUGAACAAAACCAACGAAACUAAGAUUUCCACCUACUCAAAAGAGCCUGAAAAUAUUGGGAAAGUUUACUGUUAGAAGUAUUGAAAAGCAGGCUUUUUAAGUGUCUGUGAGGGGAGAGGGGAAGGGAAGGGCCUCUGUGGCUCAGACUGCUAAUGCAGUCUGUUAUUAAAAGCAGCUGCCUGCAAUUACUGCAGGUUCUAGUCCCACCAGGCCCAAGAUUGACUCAGCCUUCCAUCCUUUAUAAGGUAGGUAAAAUGAGGAUCCAGAUUGUUGGGGGCAAUAAGUUGACUUUGUAUAUAAAUAUACAAAUAGAAUGAAGACUAUUGCUAACAUAGUGUAAGCCGCCCUGAGUCUUCGGAGAAGGGCGGGAUAUAAAUGCAAAUUAAAAAAAAAAAAGGUGUGUCUUGGACUUUUUAUGGUGUCUAUUGGUCCACUAGCAGAGGCUGAGAAAACAAAAAUCAAUCGUUAGAACAGUAUAAUUCAUUUUGCAAUCUAUAAUUUAAUGCAGCAUCUCAUGUAAUCAUGUACUCUGGUUGUGCUGCUUUCAUUAAAUAUAGCAGUAAAUCUUAUUGCGUAAACUCUCUGGAUUCUCUACCACAUCUUGGUAGAUAGGAGAGGUAGCAGGUUACUGGUUUUGUAUUCAGACUGUCAUGUUUUCUAAGUCACUUGCACAAAUAUGUGUGUGUAUACAUACACACACACACACACUCACAUACUAAUGGUGAGCGAUCUAUUUUGUUAAAUUGAGCAACUUUUCCCCAAAUAAUUCUUGCAAUAUAAUGUGAAAAUAGGAUCAGUAUACUUUUUGUUUCCGUUGCAAAUGUGAGGAGGAUAAUUAAAGCAGUUUUUCUGCGAGACCAAUAGCAUCAGGCUGAAAUAAAUUCCCUAUCUCCAGAUCAUCUGUAGGAUGUAGUUCCAUUUGACCAAUAGCUAAGAUAACAUCAGAAAGGACUCCAUUACUAUCAUAUGUCACCAAUGUCAUUCACUUAAGAAGAUCCCACCUGCGAGAUGUUAUGUAAUGUAUGCAUAUCAUUUAUAUAACUUUCUUUGAUCAUUUUUUUCAAAUCAACUUCCUUAAUUUUCAAAAUUGGCCCACUAUGUUCUGAUCUGCAGAUUAAACCAAAAUUAUUUGAACUCUGAAGAAUGCUAAAUAUUGUAUAUAAUGAAGCUUCAGGACACCAUUGAAAUAUUUAAUGAAAUGUUUCAAUAAAGAGACAUUGGCAUUUUCUUGCUAUUAGUAUUGACGCAUUAGCAUUUGUUUAUCUCUCUUUAUUCUGUGUCAGUUAUUGUGUGUAUAUGUUACCUAGGCACAAGUAGGUUUUAACCUAAGGAUGUUUUUAUAAUGCAUUUUUUUUGUUCAUGAUUGGGACUGUAGAACAAUCUUAAUAUUUCCCAGCUGGACAACAUCAGUGGGCAUUGGAGGUGGGCUGGAGAUAUUCUGGGUUUUCUUGGAAACUUAAGAUUCAUGUAAAUAUCCAAGUGGACACAUGAAAUUUUCCACUACAUCCUUGACAAGCAAUAUAGUAGCCAGACCUUAUGAUUGCUACAGUAUAUCUAGCUUCCUACCUAUAUAAAUCUAUCGUGUUUUCCCAAAAAUACAACCUAUCCCAAAAGUAAGUCCUAACUUGAUUUUUAUAUGUGUGCCCAAUAUAAGCCCUACCCCCAAAAUAAGUCCUAAUUAAGACCCCGCCCACUCGGGUGCAGGAGGUGAAGCGAGGCGCACUGGUAAAAAUUAACCUAGGAUAGGGAUGGGGGUGGUGGAGCUGCCCUACUUACCAAGCCUCACACACCCCGACGCCUUGCCGGCCCACUUCUGCGGCCAAUUGCCGCUGCUCGUGCACGUCACCACUGGCCUGUUUUGCUCUGCAGCUGAGAAA